AUGACAAAUAUCAAAGUCCAAAUCAUCUCGGACAGUGUCUGUCCUUGGUGCUACAUUGGGUAUCGCCGUCUAACCAGAGCGAUAAAAACCCAUCUUCACUCCAAUCCAACCGACACAUUCACACUGCACUGGCGCGCCUUCUAUCUAAACCCCAACGCAGCACCUUAUCCGGGUGUGAACAAAUCCGAAAUGUACCAUGCAAAAUUUGGCGUUGAGCGCUGCAAAGCUAUGUUUGCACGGUUACAGGAUGCCGGACAUGCUGAGGGAGUUGAAUUUUCUUUUGACGGGAAUACCGGGUCUACGAGGGAUUCGCAUCGACUUAUUUGGUUUGCUGGACAAGAAAAGACUUCUACAGAGACUGCGUCUGCUGAGGAGAAUGAGGACGGCAAGUCCGUUCAAACGAGAGUUGUGGAGAAUCUCUUCAAGGCGUACUUUGAAGAAUCGAAGAAUAUCACUGAUAAAGAGGUUUUGAUCGAGGCGGGGGUUUUGGCGGGGUUGGAUCGCGGGGAUGUUACCAAAGUACUGGAUGAUGGAACUGGGGCCGAGGAGGUUGAUGCGGAGGCUCUUACUGCAUCCAGGAGAUUGGUUUCUGGAGUUCCCAAUUUUACUAUUCAGGGAAAGUAUUUGAUUGAAGGGGCUGAUGAACCGGAGACGUUCUUGGAGGUUUUUGAGAGGGUUAAGUUGGAUGAAUAG